AUGUCAAGCCAAACUCCCCGUGUAGAUCCACAAAACAUAGCACAGUGCAAUAGUCCUGUAUUCAGGAUCAUAGGGCAGGUUAAGUCACAACCGCAACAAGAUCAGAUUAUAGUGGCGUCGCCCACAACCGGCGGGGAAAUGGUGACUUUGAGUAAUGUCAGAACGUCUAGCAACGUGAACUUUGAGAUUGGUGCAUGGUACGAGUUUGUGUGUAGGAGCAAUGACUCUGGAGAUGUUGGGUUUCUGGUGUUGGACUCGGUGAAGUGCGUGUUCCCGGCUGGCGAGGAAAUCAGCGUUGGGGGUGUGGUGGCGCUGCAACAACUGUGCAGCAAGUUCCCAGAGCUGUACUAA